AAGGUUUAAUGAGACUCCAUUGGGUUGUAAUCAGUGUCAUGUCGGAUUCAUGUAAACUACAACAUUGUAACAAAAUGGCGUCUGUUUAGGUAACACCAGCAGCAGGCAGCAGCGCAAUCCCAGCUCGCUCAGCUGCUAGAAGCCAAGGGUUCUGCUGAAGGACGUUUGAUCAGCAGUGUUCUAUGGUGAAUGAUGAUCCUGGAAAUUGAGUGAUUUUCUUUAGAGCCCAACCUGAAAUUUAAUUCACCAUUCCUGGGAUUUACAAGAAUGUCCUGUAUUGUGGUUCAUAACCUCUUCUUGCAGUGCUUUUUGAACUAUGGGUGCUUUUAAUUUUUAAAAAGAAGAAGGUCAAGCUCUAUGGAUCGCUCCUGCCUGGAACAAAUUAUUCAAACAUGGUAAAACGUGCAAACCCCUUGUACACCGAGUGGAUUCUUGAAGCAAUACAGAAGAUCAAAAGGCAAAAGCAGAGGCCUUCCGAAGAGAGAAUUUGCCACGCCGUGUCGGGGUUGCGUGGCCUCGACAGAAAGACCGUUCUCCAGCAGCUGGAAUUAAGCGUUCACGAUGGCGCCAUCCUCAAGGUUACAAAUAAGGGGAGCGCGUCGUAUAAAGACCCGGAGAACCCAGGGCGAAGUUCGUCUCUCAAAUCUGGACGCGUUUGCGCGUCUCUAAAAGGAUCUUCCUGGGGCUCCGCAGACCUGCGUCACCUGGAUUGGAAUAAGAUUCUGAGAAGGGCCAUCGAAGGUCUCGACGACCCCAGCGGCUCCUCUCUGAGGAACAUCGAGAGGUUCCUCCGGAAGCAGGAUGACCUGUCGAACGUCGUGGGCAACCCCAUGUUCCAGCGACGGCUGCGCUUGGCGGCCAAGCGGGCGGUCAACAACGGGAGGCUGCUGAAGAACGGGCCGCUCUACAGGAUGAGCUGCGGGGGCGCGGAGGGGAGAGGGUCCUCCCGGGGCGUCGGCGCUUCCCCGCUGCUCCUGCCGCGCGUUACACUUCUUCCACACGAGAAAGACCAGCCGCGGGCCGACCCCAUCCCCAUAUGCAGCUUCUGUCUGGGCACGCGGGAGUCCAACCGGGACCAGCAGCCGGAGGAGCUGCUGUCGUGCACGGACUGCGGUAGCAGCGGACAUCCGUCGUGUCUGAAGUUCUCUCCUGAGUUGACCGCGAACGUGAAAGCGUUGCGGUGGCAGUGUAUCGAGUGCAAGACGUGCAGCUCCUGCAGGAUCCAGGGGAAAAAUGCGGACGAGAUGCUUUUCUGCGAUUCCUGUGACCGGGGGUUCCACAUGGAGUGCUGCGACCCCCCCCUCUCUCGAAUGCCAAAAGGAUUGUGGAUCUGCCAAGUCUGUCGGCCCAAGGAGACGGGGAGGGGCCUGCUGCACAAGAGGGCUGCCCAGAUCAGGAGACGAUAUGCAAAGCCGCUGGGAAGACCCAAAAAUAAGCUAAAGCAACAAACCAUGUCCGUAACCGGCGGCGACGGCUCCACGAUAGCACUGACGGGAAGGGGGUCACCUGGUAGGGGUCAAAAGAUUACAGUCUGUACCACACCUUCAUCUGGUCAUGCUGCAUCCGCGAAGGCCGCCAGGAGCCGAUUGGCUGUUACAGACCCCUGUUGGGCGGGUGACACCACCAAAUUCACCACCACCACCUCCUCCUCCUCCUCCACCACCACCACCUCCUCCUCCUCCUCCUCUUUCACGUCUGCACCCACCUCCUCCAAACUUACCGUUAACAAGAAAACCAAAGGGCUCAUUGACGGGCUUUCCAAAUUUUUCACCCCCUCCCCCGUGGGCCGCCGGUCCCGCCCCGGCGCGGUAGACCCGUCCAAGCAGCGCCGGCCCAGGAAACGGGGCCUUCCGAAACCGCCGCGCACCCCUCGUCCCGGCACUCAAAAGCUAACCACUCCCCUCUGUCCGCUCCCGCCCCCCCCUCCUCCUCCAUCGUCCGGACAGAGCCCCACCUCGCUGAAAUCCAACAGCUCCACCUCCGCUAACUCCCCCCAGAGCUCUUCCAGCCAAUCGAGCGUGCCCUCCCUUAGCAGCCUGUCCAAUCACAGCCAGCUUAAGGGGCUCUUCGACGGACUGUCGCACAUCUAUGCCACUCAGGGACAAUCUCGGAAAAAGGGGCUCCCUAGCUACGCCCCGCCCAGGCGCCGGCGCCGGGCGCCCGAUGCGUCUUCCACGCCCCGAUCCUGCGCCCAGCUCCACGGGACCCGAGAGGGUAAAAAUAGGCUCGUGUCCCACCCCUCCCCCUCCGGCUGGGGCGUGUCGAGGGGACGCCCCUUUAAGGCGGCGGGCCAUUUCAGACGCACGCCCUUCCUCAGAAAGCACAGGAUCCUAGGCAGGUUAAAAUAUAAAGUGACCCCUCAGAAGGGUGCCCCCCCGCCAGGGAAGGGGGGCGUGGCAGACGGAAGAGUUAAACCCGCGCCCGACUAUGAGAAUGAAGGCACAAAGCACGUCAAGAAGGACACUCACGAUGGGAUUGUGGCCAUUUCAAAGGAGCACGUUUCGCAGGAGGAUCUGGAAGUGUUCAAGCACGUCCAGGAGCUCUCCUCGCAGAAAACUGGAAGCUUAAACAGUGCGGAUUUUGGACGGUACCCAGCAGUCAUCGAGUUUGGGAAGUAUGAAAUCCACACCUGGUAUUCCUCGCCUUACCCGCCUGAGUACUCCAGACUGCAGAAGCUUUAUCUGUGCGAGUUCUGCCUGAAGUACAUGAGGAGCCGGAACAUUCUCCAGCGGCAUUCCAAGAAGUGUGGCUGGUUCCACCCUCCGGCGAACGAGAUCUACAGAAAGGGUGACCUCUCUGUGUUCGAGGUUGACGGAAAUGUCAGCAAAAUAUUCUGCCAAAAUCUCUGCCUGUUAGCCAAGCUCUUUCUGGACCACAAGACUCUGUACUACGACGUCGAACCGUUCCUCUUCUACAUCCUAACAAAAAAUGAUGACAAGGGCUGCCAUCUUGUAGGGUACUUUUCCAAGGAAAAGCUUUGCCAGCAGAAGUACAAUGUCUCCUGCAUAAUGAUUAUGCCUCAGUACCAAAGGCAAGGAUUUGGGAGGUUUCUUAUUGAUUUCAGUUAUCUGCUUUCCAGGCAAGAAGGACAGGCUGGCUCCCCGGAGAAGCCGCUGUCAGAUCUGGGCCGGUUAUCCUACUCGGCAUAUUGGAAAAGUGUCAUACUAGAGUACCUUCAUAAGCAUCCAGACAAACGCGCCAGCAUUAAGGGAAUAAGCAGGGCCACUGGGAUGUGUCCGCACGACAUCGCCAGCACUCUCCAGCAGCUCAGCAUGAUUGACAGGCAGGAUGGCAGGUUUGUGAUAAUCCGGAGGGACAGGCUGAUCCAGAAGCACGUGGACAGGCUGGAGUCGAACCCGCGUCUGAACGAGGUGGACCCGGACUGCCUGCGCUGGUCGCCCGUCACAGCGCUGAACGCCAUGCUGUCCGAAGAGGAGCGGGAGGCCGAGAUGGACGCCGAGCGCCUGAUGGAGCAGGCCUCCUGCUGGGAAAAAGAGGAGCGUGAGGUCUACAUGUUGAGCCACAAUGGCCGCCAGCCGCACACCAAGGUCCACUGCAAGAACCCGUACAGGCGGGCCCUGGCCAGCGACGACUACAGCGAGGAAGAUGAGGAGGACAACUACGACAGCUCGCCCCCCGUCCUGACCAAAGCCCAGGCCAUGCUGGGCGCCAGGCGAAAGAGAACUGCCAUUCUGAGAAGGAAGAGGGGCAGGAAGAGGAAGAGAAUUAAUAGCAGCGUCACUACGGAAACCAUCUCUGAAACCACAGAGGUCCUGAACGAGCCUUUCGACCACUCUGAGGAUGAGCGGCCUAUGCCCCUCCUGGAGCGCACCUGCCGGGCAGGCGAGACUGAGGAAGAGGACGAGGAGGAAAAGGGCAAGCUCGACCGGACGCCGGUGAAGAGGCGCCGUGGCCGACAGAGGGUGGUGAAAGACGAAGAGCGGAACGACAAUCGGAAACGUGGAGCAAAGGACGCUACGGAUGAGAACAUAAAAGGUUCCUUCGGGCUCCUGAAAACAGACAAUCCCAGACCCGUCAAGCGCAAGAAGGGCUGGCCCAAGGGGGUGAAGCGCGGCCCUCCAAAAUGGCGGCUGAAGAAGGAGCGCAAGAUGGGCUUCAAGCUCAACCUGUACACGCCACCCGAGACCCCCCUGGAGGCGGACCACCAGAUCGCGGCCGAGGAUCCCGAGGAGGGCGGCGGGAAGGCCCCCGCCAUCACCGAGGAGGACGGCGAGGCCGGGCGGGACGCCGAGCCGCUGGACGCCCAGCUGGACCGGCUCCUCUCGGGGUCCCGCAGCCCUGUGGAGUCGCCAGCCCAGACACGGGACGGGCUCCUCCGCAAGCCAGGGUCCCCCGAGGACUCCUUCAGCCAGGAUGAGAGCCAGGAGGAGGUGCCGGACCCAGCCGAACAGGAGGAGGAGGGGGAGGAAGAGGAGGACGAGCGGGAGGAUAAGGAAGCCGCAUGCAAGGAGAAGGGGCGCGAAGGGGGGCUGGCACAGCACGAGGAUGAGGAGGAGGAAGAGGACGAUUCGGUCCACGUGGAGGACCAUGAUGCGGAUGACGAAGACGACGGCCACGCCGACGUGUCGGAGCCAGACAAGGUUGGGGAUGCGUCCGAGAGCUCCGAGGACAAGCCCGAGUACCCCGAGCCUUUUUUAGAGCUGGACGGCCCCAGCCAGCGAGAGGCCAGCCCUGCAGACCCCAUCCCGAGCCACGAGGGAACGUUCACCCCCGAAACCGUAGAGGAGACGUCGGAGAGCGCUGCUGACGCGGGGCGGCCCAACGAGUCCGAGUCCGACGAGGAGAACGUCAGCGGCCUCCUCCAGAAGGAGGCGGGGCCCCCGAGUCCCGUGGAGAAGGAGCACCCGCCCCUCUGUCCCGAGAUGGACACGGAGACGGUGCAGGCGGUGCAGUCGCUCACCCAGGAGGUGGAGCAGGAGGCGGAGCCGGAGGGCGGGUUCCAGGACUGUGCCGAGACGCGGGAGGCGUGUCGGAGCCUGCAGAGCUACGCCCACAUGGACCAGAGCCCCCACGUGCCCCCGCCGGACGACUGCCCGCAGUCCGACCACAGCAGCCCGCUGUCGUCCGUGCACUCGCACCCCAGCCAAUCGGUGCGCUCGGUCAGCAGCCCCGCCGUCUCGGUCCUGGAGAGCAGCUACGCCCAGAUCAGCCCGGACCAGAGCGCCAUCUCCGUGCCCUCGCUGCACAACAUGGAGACGUCCCCCAUGAUGGACGUGCCGUCCGUGUCGGACCACUCGCAGCAGGUGGUGGACAGCGGCUUCAGCGACCUGGGCAGCAUCGAGAGCACCACCGAGAACUACGAGAACCCCAGCAGCUACGACUCCACGCUGGGCGGGAGCAUCUGCGGCACGGGCUCGUCCCAGAACAGCUGCUCCUACAGCGGCCUGUCCCAAAACCCCGGGCUGUCCCAGAGCACCAGCCUGUCCCAAAACCCUGCUCUAUCCCAAAACCCCAGCCUCUCCCAAAACCCCGCUCUGUCGCAGAGCAGCUGCGCGGUGUCGCAGCAGAUGGUGGGUGUCGCCGGCGGCUGCAGUCUGCUCCCGCCGGGCGGGCUGGGCUCGCCGCAGAACUGCACCGUCAAGUCGCCGCAAGGCUGCGUGGUGGAGAGGCCGGCCAGCGUUGGGCAGCAGCACCCCCACCCACAGCACUCGCACCCGCACCCACAGCACUCGCACCCACAGCAACAGCAGCACCCGCACCCACACCCACAGCAGCAACAGCAGCACCCGCACCUGCAGCACCACCCACAGCACCCGCACCCACACCCGCAGCACCACCCGCACCCGCAGCAGCUGGCGCAGUGCUCCAUGUCCGCCAGCUUCUCCUCGCCCAUGCAGCUGGCCGACAUCCCCGAGGCAGGCAACCCCAGCCUGGGCAUCUACGAGCGGAUUGGCCAGGGCGAGUACGGCGGGGGCGGGCCCUACUCACAGCCCUCGGCCACCUUCAGCCUGGCCAAGCUGCAGCAGCUGACCAACACACUGAUGGAGCACCCCCUGCCCUUCAACCACCCGUCAUCCCACCCCAUCACGUCCUAUGCCAACGGGGUCACCCUGCCCUCCCAGCUGGGCAACUCGGGCCUGGUGUCCCUGCCCCAAUCCCCGCACGGGGUGCCCAGGGGCCCCCAGGCCCAGGCCACCAUGACCCCGCCCCCCAACCUGACCCCGCCCCCCAUGAUGCUGCAGCGCAACAUGGCCGCCCCCAACAUGGGCCUCCCGCCCUCUCAGAGGCUGCAGACGCAGAUGGCCGCCAAGAACCACGUGGCCAUGCGGUCCAAGUCCACGCCGCUGUCCCACCACCACCACCACCAGCAGCCGGUGUACGGGCAUGCCCCCCAGGGCGUGCCCAUGCAGGCCCCAACCCGGGCGCUGGCCAUGCCGCGCGUCGACAUGGGCGUCAACCUGAUGCCCGCGCCCGCCUACAACUCCAUGAACAUGAACAUGGCGCCACUCAACGCCAUGAACGGCUACCGCGUGACGCAGCCAAUGAUGAACAGCGGCUACCACGGCAACCACGCCUACAUGAACCAGUCGCCGCAGUACUCCGUGCAGGUGGGCGUGAUGGGCGGCCAGCCCUACGCCCAGCAGCCCAUGCAGGCCCCGCCCCACGGCAACAUGAUGUACGCCCCGGCGGGUCACCACGGUUACAUGAACGCGGGCAUGUCCAAGCAGUCCCUGAACGGGCCCUUUAUGAGGCGCUGAGAGGCGUCGCCCGCGUUUCCACGACGCCCAACGUGCGUUUCCCCAAAGCCCAACGGGCGUGUGCAUACCGCCCAGAAAGUGCACGCCCCCCCCCCCCUUAGUUUUUCCUCUUUUUUUUUUUUGCCUGGAAUACUUUUUCUUUGUGAAGAAUGCAAAAAAAGAAAACAUUUUUUUUUUUUUUUUUUUUAAAGAUGAAAAAUUUGAGCUUUUUUCCCGAAUAACGGGAAGCCUUACGUCAUCAAAACAAAGAUUUAUUGGAUUAAUGUUGGUCUCCAGUAAGGAGUGCUGUCCACUACCCUGAGCUGCGGUGGGGUCCGGCUGCAGCUCUGGGACUGCACUAUCUAACGGAGCCAUUCAAUGUGCCUGCUGCAGAUCUUCACCUGGACGUUAGAGCCUUUUCAGUGUACCUGUCCAACAGAACUGAGGUCUAGUUUGUACUAUACUUAUGCCUUUGUAUAUUUAAAUUAUUGUACAAUUUUGUUUUAUUUUUUUUUUGUAAAGUGACACUUAGCAUGCUACGACGUCUUUGUUAGUGACAGUGCAUUAACUAGUACUGUACGAGUGUUGUGCUAUAUGGCAAGCCAUUUUAAAAAUGUAUGGCCUUCCUUAGGGCUCCCUGUAACGGGAGGAAGAUUAAACUCUAUUUUUGUUAAUUCUAAUACUGUACAAAUUGUAAACUUAGUCCUGUUUCAGUUGUUAAGUCUGAAAGGUUUUAUUGCGAAAUGUGUAUAAUUCUGAACUUUUUGUAUCAAAUUUCCUUAAAUGAGGCAGCUUUCAGUUUUAUAAUGCAGACUGAUUUCUGUCUAAAUGAAGCAUACUGUAUCUGUGUUCGUAACCCAAACAAUUCUAAAACAUUUCAAAAAGUGCUUGUCCAGAAAUGUGGCAGAAUUUAAAAAUAUAAUAAUAAUAAUAAUAAACAUGCGUAAAUUAGUCCAAAGUUGCUAUUUUAUGAAAAUGACUUUAAAUUUACACUUUCAUUCCAUCUGUAGAUUUGUUUUCUAUCUUUAUAAAACGUUGGAUUUAUAUUUUACAAAAGUGUAGAGCAGUAGCCUGUGAAUAGACCAAACUAAGCUAACAGAUCGCAUGUAAAAAAGCAGAUUGUAUUUGUGUCUGUUUAUAUUGCUUUUUUUGUAGCCUUUGUACUUGUACAGAGUGGCUGGUAGGAACGAGAGGGCAAAGCUGGCUAUGUGUACAAAAUAGGACAGAACGACAGUCUCGUAUUUAUGAGUUAUCUUCUUAGUCAGUCACUUAAAAAUGCUGUACAUUUUAGCCUAAAAUAAAUUAUGACGAACCAUA